AGUGUAAAUUUAGGUAUUUCUGUGAGAAAGAUUAAAGAUAUUCAGCGAGAUCUGUCUUGAUAAAUAGAAAUUACAAGUUAUAAUGUGCAAUGAAUCUGUUUUCAUUUUCAAAACCAGGAUAAAAACAAAGCUGGAGAGUGGAUAAGCCCUAAGAAAAACAGACUGGCUAGUGUUCAAGUCAAUUACAAUAAUGAAUAAUUAAGCAAAGUUCUCGACAGUGGCUGCUAAUGAGGUAAAGGAGACAAAAAUAACAUUCGUGCGAUCUUUUUGGGUGUAUCGCUCAUGACAUUGAUCAAUACAACUUGGGAUACCAAUAAUGAAAUUAAAAGCGUUUAAUCAUCUUCCGUUAGUUCUAAUCGAUAUUGUGGAGAACUAAAAUGCUUUAAUGUUCCUGCAUCUUAUUAAAUUUCAAAAUCACAUCUGUCGGGUCACCUGCGUUUUAUAUCACCAAGCGUGUGUCACUCGUAGCGUGUAUUGCAGCUUUCAGGUUAUAGGAUAUAAGACCACACCAUGAAACAGGAAAUUUAGCGUAUCGCUGACAAUAAAGCCAUCGCGAAAUCGUUUCAUACCUUACUACAUUCUUUAGAUGGUAGAUGGAAGUUAAGCACUUCAGGCUAAAAGUUCGCACUGUGAAUCGUAUAUAAACAAAUCGAAUAUUUCAAAACCUAGGAUAUUUAAAGGAAUAAAAUACCAAAUAUAGCAGUAAACAUAGUUGAUGACGAGUCUUGCCAAGAUCAAGCUAGCUGUCUGUUGAGGGGAACUGGCGGGUAUGGGGACCAACUACAGCAUCAAGGACGCCGCUGAGCACCAACCGCAUUCUCAGUUUUUGUCAUUCAACACUUCCGCAAGUUUGGUGUCACCGCUAUGGGUAACAAACUCCGUCUACGGCCUGACGGGUGCGAUGUUGGCGGCGGUGGCGGCGGCCCUCACGUAUGAGUGUUUGCGCGAGUACCUGCUCCACCCCCAGCGGCUGUCUCGCUUGCAGUACUCAGGCUCGGAGUGCUUCGGCGCCCCGACGAUUUCCUGCGGGGAGAAACUUGGCCAGACCAUUAUUUACACGAUGCGCGUCUCGUUCGCCUAUUUCCUCAUGUUGUGCGUGAUGACCAUGAAUAUUUGGCUUCUUGUCGCCGUCUUCGUCGGCUCUACCGUCGGAUAUCUCGUCGGCAAACCGUUGAUGGCAAACGGAAUUCACGACGCCAUAUCCUCCCAUGGUUAUGAGAGCGUCAGUCUACAGAUCUCGAGUGGUGGACGGAAAAACAGCAAACGGACGGAGCGGUCACUUUCGUGGCGAUAUCAGCCAAUCAACGUCCGUAAAAUUAAUUCUAGCAAGCGAGGGUCGGAUUCUGUGUUUGAAGAAGAGCUAAAUAGUGGUAAAAGAAUACAAACUAGUUCUAAAAUUUACAAACGUGACAUUAAGCCGAGUCAAGAAAUGGCUGGCGUCGCAAACGACAAUGAUCCCAAUAAUGUUUGGCUACGAAAGGAUUCGGAAAACCUUGACAGUUUGGAUUCUAAUUCAGGGACAGCCGACUUACAAUCAAGCGCAAGUAUCGAUAAUCAAUUUGACAGUAUCCGCUCAUCCAGUAGAUUUCGUUCAACCAGUAAAAUUAUAAACAGUUCAUUAACUUCACAACGCAGUACUAGUAAUGUUUCGCGCCAAAGUUCAUCAAGUACAAUACGUAUCGUCCAAGCAUCCCCUGAACUUCAACGUGGCCGGACGCACGCAGAAGACGCGCACGUGCAAAGGAGUGCGUCAUCGGCGUCAUAUGGACGAUUUAAACCUACCAGCCGACAAAUACGAAAACAAGUGUCGUUAAAUGAACCACAGACGUACCAUCCACAUGUAUACGGCCGAGAAACUGACAGAGUGUAACUUAAGUUCUCAAGAGUGUUCAACGUUGAAAUGCCAUAACAAGUGUGUCGCAUCAUGCAAGUUCUGGCUCAAAGCUGAUUUUUGGCGGAAAUUAGUUAUUGGGUCAUCGUGUCAUUUUUGUUCAUUUUAUUCUUAAUGCUACAUUGUUUUUUACAAUUCGAGGCUUCCGAGUAUGGACACAAAAUCCGAUGAUGCGAAACAUAUCGAUUAAGUUGCUUUAUUGAGAAAAUAUUCAAUCAUAACAAUAAUGCCGCGUGAUAUUUUGUCUCAAAGUUUAAUUUGGGCGCAAAUGGGUCAUUGGGUCAUGGAGUCAUUUUUGUUAGUGCAAUACUGUUUUUUUUUAAAUCGUGGUUUCUGACUUCGGACCAAAAGUCCGGUGAUGCGAGACAUAUCAUGUUGAUUUAUUGAGAGCGUGGUAGUUGAACCGCUUAGAGCCAGUAUGAGAUUAUUAUUAUAAAUGCAACCAUAUCAAUGAUAAUAUGUAAUUCGUAUGUCAUGUUGUAUAUUGUGUACAAUUAUUGCCAAGUGCUCAUUGUAUGAAGUAUAACUGCUUAAAACAGUAUCGUGAACUAAUGUUGUAUUUUUUUACAAUUACAUGUAUUUUAUUUGUAUGUACAGUAAAUGUGCAUUAUUUUUAACAUUGGAGACAGUUUGCUUUAAAUAUAUUGAGUCAGCGGACGGUGCAUUUUUUCGCCUUUUAUACUGUAUUAUGCCUGUAUAAAUAUAAGCAAUAAAAUGUGUUUUUUAUG